GAUGUUUUCUUUUGUUCAUCUGAGCUUUCAAGAGUUUCUGGCUGCACUUUACAUUUGUCUUAACUUCAUGAAUUCUGGUGUCAACCUACUAACAAAAAGGCGAACAACAGUUCUGCAGGAUUCUAAACUUGAACAUCUGUACCAGAAUGCAGUGGACAAGGCUCUGGAGAGUCCAAAUGGACACCUGGACAUGUUUGUCCGCUUCCUGUUGGGUUUUUCACUAAAAGAUAAUCAAACUCACUUACGUGGUCUGAUGAAAAAGAGAGGAAAACGAUCACAUGUCAAAGAACUGCUUGUGCAGUACAUCCAAAAGAAGAUCAGUGAUUGUCCUUCACCAGAGAAAAGCAUCCGAAUGUUUUACUGGCUGAACGAACUUAAUGACCAUUCCCUAGAGUCAGAGAUCCAACAUUACCUGAAGGGAAGCGACUUUGCAGAAAAGCUCACUCCUUCUCAGUGGUCAGCACUUGCCUUCAUCUUGUUGUCUUCACAGAAAGACGUAACAAUGUUUAAUUUGAAGAAAUUCUCUGCUUCAAAGGAGGCACUUGUGUGGCUGCUGCCAGUAGUCAAAGCGUCAAACAAAUCUCUAUUGUGUGGUUGUAACCUCUCGUGGAGAAGCUGCAUAACUCUGAUGCAAGUUUUAACUUCUGAGAACUCCUUUCUCAGAGAGCUGGACCUGAGUGACAAUAACCUACAGGAUGCAGGAGUAAAGAUGCUCUCCCAGGGACUCAUGAACCCAAAGUGUAAACUGGAAGUUCUCAGCUUGUCAGGUUGUCAUGUUACAGAAGAUGGCUGUGAUGCUCUGGCUUUAGCUCUGAGUUCCAACCCCUCUCAUCUGAGAGAACUUGACCUGAGUUUCAAUCAUCCAGGAGGAUCAGGACUGAAUCGUCUCUCUGCUGGGCUGCAGGACCCAAACUGGAAACUACAAACUCUCAACAUUGAUCAUUGUGGAGCGUUUCGACUGAGUCCAUCACCACAACGUU